AAAAUCAAUAUAUGCUUGAGAAAUUUGCACGGAUUUAUGGAAAUACUGUUGCGAAAGAGUUGCUAAUUCGAUGUUUACCGAUUUUGUGUAGGAAGCACUUAUAUUUAAGGCCGAGCUGAACGUGGCAACGCUGAGUUAGCUUCAAUCAUUUGUUUUGGAUUAGACCCUUUAAAAAUGGCUUCUAGAUUGUCAAAGUUGCUAGUAAAUUAGAAAAUCCUUAAAACAAACCUUAAUCACAAUCAAAUAAUGUUACAAUUUAAUUUUAAAAAGUAGUGUGUUCAAGUUACAAAGGUAUGAACUAUAAUUCAUAUAGAAGAAAGUUCAAUAUGAGGAUAAACGCAACAAGAAUGACCACUCCGAUUGAAGAGAAGGUGGAUCAGAAGUUAAAAGUGCGGACGGGGAUGGUAACCGUCAGUGACGGGAAAAGUAGACCAAUUCCCGUAAGGUUACAUCUCUCCAUGGAAGUCUUACGGCUUCAAAAAGAGGAGCUAGUACCCCUAGAAUCCAAACCCUUGAACGCUAAAGAACGGAUGGUACAAAUCAGAAGACAAAAGGUGGGCGGUCUUGGCUUGAGCAUAAAAGGUGGAGCUGAGCACAAAUUACCAAUUUUAAUAUCAAGGAUUUAUAAAAAUCAAGCAGCUGAUCAAACCGGUGAACUUUUCGUAGGCGACGCCAUUAUCAAAGUUAACGGUGAAUACAUAACAGCCUGUCCUCAUGACGACGCCGUUAACAUUCUACGAAACGCAGGAGACUUGGUUGUGCUAACCGUUAAGCACUACAAAGCCGCGACGCCCUUCUUGCAAAAACAAGAGGACAAAGAAUCGCAACAAACCGAUAGUAAUAGUGACGAAAAAGAAGCCUCUGACGAGAGUCUGAGGCUCACCACGAACAGUACUAGUAGUAGACCUAGCUCCAUUUACUCAGAAUCGGAACAAGAGCCCCAAACUCGCUGGGUAGAUAUCGUUACAUUGCCGCUAAUGAUGGCGUACGUCACUAGGUACAUUUUUGGCACCGAUAAAUUAAGACCUAACGCUUUCGAAGUUCGAGGCCUUAACGGCGUUAGUACGGGCAUUAUUCAUUGUGAUGACUCAGCUAUUCUCUCUCAGUGGCUUAAAUACAUAACUGAUAAUAUCAUCGGGUUAACAAACCUCCAGAUGAAGUUGUAUAAUCGCAACUUUAGCGUGUCAGACCGGAUCGAAUAUAUGGGUUGGGUGAAUGAGGGCGUUCUCAAUAAUAAUCAGCCUUGGCAAAAUUACAAACCGCGUUUCUUCGCCUUGAAGGGAACUGAUUUAAUGCUGUUUGACGCACCACCUUUGAAUGUUAUGGACUGGAGCAAAUGUCCUCUUAUGUUCAAAGUAUAUCAAACAAUGUUUCGUGUGGUUAAAGACUCGGAAAAUGUCGACGAACGCCAGCACUGUUUUCUAGUUCAAACUUCUGGGCAGGACUCCCGAUACUUUUCCGUUGAAACGAGGCAGGAGCUACUCAAAAUCGAAAACGCGUGGCAUUGUUCAGUUUGUACGGCUGUUAUGAAACUAGGGAACAAAACGUUUACGGUUAGUUGCAACGGGAAAACGGCCGGUUUAACUCUUGACUGGAACCUAGGGUUUUCUCUGCAUGAAGGCGAUUCCAAAACGCCCGUUUGGCAGUAUAAAUUUUCUCAACUGAGGGGUUCCUCAGAUGAUGGUAAAUCCAAGUUGAAACUACAUUUCCAAGAUGCUGAAUCUAGGGCUAUCGAUACGAAGGAAUUGGAAUGCUCUAUCCUGCAGAGUUUGCUGUUCUGUAUGCAUGCAUUCUUAACGGCGAAAGUGGCGUCAGUGGAUCCAGGCUUCUUGUGCUCAAUGAUGCCGUAAAAUGUCGACUAUGUCAAUGAGUAUUAAUGUCAAAUAUUAUAGGCGGUGGUUGUAAUUCAACAGAAUGCUCCUAUUGCUGUACUAUAGUUGGUACUGUUGGCUCACCAUUGGUGUGUUACGAAUUAUGGUGCUAUUUUUAAACAUUUCAUUACAAAUUGGGCUGAUCAGUUUAUAGUAAGGUAAUGGUGAGACUUCAUUCUGUGUAAAAGUGAUCUGGUUAUAAAAUGAGUCAGUAUUCCGUAAUGAACAAUGUGACUAGUAUCUUCUGUAAUGCUCUACGAGAUUAUUUUUUAUUCAUUUUCGAGUUAUCUAUGAUAGUACAAGUAGAAUUGCACAAUGUCUGCGUUGCACCCAUUUGUUGAAGUGGUCUGUACUGUUGGUGAUGUUCCUUCUAGAUGCUAUCAACUUAGAAUACUCCCUAACCUACAAGACGUGAACAGCACAAUGAAUGUACAGUAGAAAUACUCAAAUAUCAAAUCACACAUCAUUGUUCAUAUGUAGCAUUCAUGUUAACUGUAGACACGUUAGUGCUAUCUCUAAGGUUUCCAUCCAUCAAUUUGGAAGCGAUCUUUAACCGUAAUACGUAUCUCUAAUACAUACCAAUUUUAAUUUUAUGUAAAUACUAAACUAGUAAGUGACUACUUUAUUGGAACAAAGAUCGCACGUAAGUAAUUCGGUGUUGGUCGCUAUUGCCUUUGAAAUCUAUAAUCAACGACGUAACCUUAGCACAAGUUCUCACGAUCUUGAACCGGUCUAAAGUUUGUUUGCAUUCCGUAGAACGUGGUGUCCAAAUACCAGUAUUUUUUACAAGUUUUUGAGAUUUGUUUUUACAGAUGACUAGUCCCGUGAUUUCUAAUUUCUGCUUCCAUUGUACGUAGUGAUAUGUAACUUUCAGUGCUAACACUAGAUGUAUUUUUAGAUGGAAGAUAGGAAUGUCGGCCAUAUGUAGGGAGAUUUUCCAUAGGUAUUCCAAUAGAGUAGGGUGGUGUUAGGAGUUACAAAAUAAUCUGAUAGUCAAUCAUUUAUUUGUUCAAUUAGUAUUCAUUAGCAAUAAGUGUACUGACAGGAUUAUAUUUGUAUAAAAAGAUUAUGAUGAUUUGAAACUAGUUUUGAACCAAAGCAUAAGUGAUCUCUAAAUAAAUUUAAAAAGUGUAUUUAUUGUUACUUAUUGUUGGUAAAUACUUAUCUUGCAGUAUAGGUGGUAACAACCAAGUUGUCAAAUUAACCUAGUAUCGUUAAUUAGUUGUUAAAUUUUGAAUGAAUCUUAUGAAAUAUAUGCAUUAAUUAAAAUUGCCGUUAGCUUUGGCUUUAAAGUUACAAUGGUUAGUGCGUUAAAACAAUGAAAAGGUUGUGAUUUUUUCCUUAAUUUUUUAUUCACCCUCAUCAAUAGUUUCGACCCUUGAGUAAAAUUGACCAAAUUAGUGUGUUUUCGAUAUCUCAAUUGAAACAUAGUUAUUAAUCGUUGACAAUAUAAAUAAAUUUAUUUAGUACCCAA